AUGAACCGGCAUUGGGCCGUGUCCGGCGGAAACAUCACCAAGGCCGCUCUCGCUGCGAGUGAGAAGGUAAUCCACCCCCACCAAUGGGCCCCGUCCACGACCUGCGUCAAGUUAAAGAAUAGGUUGCUGACUCCGAUUGAACCGCUAUCUCCAGGCAUUGUGGAAUGCGAAGUCAUCCAGUGGUUUGUCCAACCGGGUGCGAGAGUCGAGGAGUUCUCCCCGCUUUGCGAAGUCCAGAGCGACAAAGCGUCCGUCGAAAUUACUAGCCGCUUCGCCGGCGUGGUCAAGAAAUUAUACUACGACGCGGGCGACAUGGCCAAGGUUGGCAAGCCCUUUGUUGAUAUAGAUAUCGAAGGAGGUGCGGUGCAGGCCGGAGAGUCCGCAGCCAAGGCUGAGCCAGAAGAUGCAAAGGCGUCGGAGCCUCGCCUGGAUGAGGACACAAUCCGGGAAGACGCAAAGUCCGACCCGCUCCUGACUCCCGAGGAGCAGAGGCGUCGCCAGAUACGAGAAAACAACAGGGCAAUCGCCACACCGGCAGUCCGCCACCUCUCUAAGGAGCUCAAUGUGGAUAUAUUACAAAUCGACGGCACAGGGAAGGACGGAAGGGUGCUCAAGGAGGACGUUUAUAGGUUUGCCCAACACCGGGACGCUACCAAUGCGCCAGCCCACGCCAGCAACUCGUCGUCGGUAGCACCCACCUCGCCAGUCGGUCCUCAAGCGCUCGGCGGCGGCGGCGGACAGCCGCGCCAGCCCUCCGGCCAACAAGAGGAGUCGGUUGUGCAGCUGACCAAUACCCAACUACAAAUGUUCAAGGCAAUGACACGCUCACUCGCUAUCCCGCACUUCCUUUACACCGACGAGAUCGAUUUCACAAACAUAUGCGAGCUCCGCACGCGGCUCAACAGGGUCCUAGCCGGCCGCCAAACGGAUAGUUUGGCUUCGGCGGCCCAUGGGCAGGAGCAUGGUGACGUGGCCAAGCUCUCCUACCUCCCCUUCAUCAUCAAGGCCGUUUCCAUGGCUCUGUACAAGUACCCCAUCCUCAAUGCGCGCGUAGACGUGGACCAGAACACGCAAAAGCCCGUCGUGGUACACCGCAGCCAGCACAACAUUGGCAUUGCUAUGGAUACCCCGCACGGGCUCCUCGUGCCCGUUAUCAGGGAUGUCGGCUCGCUCAACAUACUCGCCAUCGCGGCCGAACUCACACGUCUGCAGGGCCUCGCUCAUGCGGGGAAGCUGGCUCCGCGGGACAUCAGCGGCGGCACCGUCACGGUGUCUAAUAUUGGCAACAUUGGCGGUACCUACCUAUCGCCCGUCAUUGUGGAGAAGGAGGUGGCCAUCCUCGGUGUCGGGCGCAUGCGUACGGUGCCAGCCUUUGAUGAUGCGGGGAACGUGGUCAAGAAGCAAGUGUGCAACUUUAGCUGGAGCGCCGAUCACAGGGUGGUGGACGGCGCAACCAUGGCGAGAGCGGCCGAGGUGGUGAGAGCGGUUGUGGAGGAGCCAGACGUGAUGGUGAUGCACCUGCGGUAA